AUGAGAACUCAGGAGGAGGAGGAUGCUCCGCUGCUGAUUGCAGGCGUUGUUGACAACCAUGGGCAGCUGAUCUUCUCUCGAGCCGCUGGCGGUGGCAACUGGCCAUUCGCCGCCUUCAUCAUCAAUAAGCACCACCCACUACCAUCCUCUUCCUCCACUCCUCUUCCUCCACUUCUGAGUGAGACUCGGCAACCACCAGUAACCAAAAUCCCGCUGCCGCCAUUACACUGAAGGGGCCGAGGUAACGAAGCGGUUUGUCUACUACGAUAUCUCCAUCAACCUCAUCAGAUUACUUGAGGGAGACCUUCCAGCAGUCCACCAUCCCUGCCACCACAAUUGUGAACAUGUGGAUCAGGAUGUCCCUGAUGCUCACUGAUAAGUCUUCAUUAUCAUACGUUAAUAAUUACUAAAUAAUAUAGUUUUAGCCUUGACUCAUGAUAAAUAGACUUAUAUUUGUGUUAAAGUGUGAAAAGUGGUUUUUGGUUAAUUAACAUGAAUUUUUGGCUAAUUAUGUGAUUUUAUACGAAUUUAUAUGAUUUUUACAGUCUUACUUUUGAGAUAAAUAAAGAAAAAAAAAUAAAAAAAUAUAUAGCAAAAUGGGGGUACUCAUCGGCCAGUCGGGCCCGCAAGCGGGUCGGAAGCACAGUCAAGGAGGAGCCACGAGCAGGGGCUCGAGUGGCUAGGACCGGUAGAGGUACAUGUAUGCCACUCCCCUUCCACAUCACUAGUGGCCAGUCGGCUGUGGGGCAAAGAGUGGUCGUACAUGCGUGAGAAAGGAACUUACUUGCAAAUAUAAUAUUACUAUAUAUUCACCCGAAACUUCAGCACACAAGCAAUGUGGGACUAGUGCAUCGCCAACGCAUCGCCGUUGCGACGCCAGAACUCUAUUUUCCUACUUUCAACUUAAUUUCUACUUCAUUUAGUGAUAAUUUGUGUGAUUUAAAUUUACUAAUAUAUACUUCAUUUAAUUACAAUUCUUCUGGCUUUUAUAGAUCUUAAUUUGAUCAAUUAAAUCGUUUGUAAUCAUUUACGUAAGAAUCAUCAGGUGAAACUCUAUUUUCGCCCGAUUCAUGUUUACCAGGCAUUGACGUCAUCCUAACGUCUGCACCCUUAUUUCCCUUUUUUCAUGAAUUUUAAAUAUAUUUUAUUUUUAUUUCCUAGUUUAAAAUUUAUAGAAAAUAGUAUUCUUUGAGGAAAAUUCUGAAUAAUUACCUGAUAUUAUAUUACAUCUUUGUAAUUGACUUGGAAAAUUACCACUAUUUUUGAAAUUUUUAUUGAACUAUAAUUGAUAUAUUUGUUCAGAAAUACUUCUAAAUAUCUAAAAAUUCAUAUUUUCUAGUUUUAUAAAUUUUAAAUUUGAGUGAUUUACUAUACAACAACUAAGUCACGUCACAUAUCCUCCUCGAUAGAUCCAUCAGCAACUCCUUCCUCGAGGCUACCACACCACUACUGUAUCCUCCUUUUUUUACGUCCUAGUUUGUUCUUGCUUUCUAACCGAAAUAAUCACACCAACAAUUAUCGUGUUCAAACCCUUGAGAAUUUUUUGUCAUUUUGUAUAG